AUGACAGCAGAACUAUACAAGGAUGAUUAUUUUGCAUCUAUGGAGGACCAGGUGACAGAUUCACAGGUCGAGAAAAUGUGGUUAAUACAUGAAAUUGUUAAGCCACAACUUCCGAACAUUAUCGAUAAUAUUGAGAUGUGCAUUGAAUUGCUUCUCAGUGAUUCAGUAUUUAAAAUGCCUAUUAGCAACGGAGUUGGGGAUGAUUCGCAACCGGUUGUAGGAGGAAUAUUAUCUAGGCAGCGAGGUGAUAUAGUAGAUUUCCAAGUUCUUGUGAAGUUUCCGCAAUUCCAUAGAGGCAAGCCAGUAAUGUACAAGAUGAAAAGUAUAGAUGGUAGGUUCAGAUUGAACCAGAUUGAAUCAAUAUGUACGUACUUGCGAGAAAUAGGAGGAUUGUUGGACGAGUUACAGUCACUUGAGGAUGCUGAUCUAUUCAUCAAAAAGUUUGGUAUCUUACUAUCUAGGCUGACCAAGGCAAUAAAUAUCUUGGAGAACCCUCCCAGGAAAUUACUAUUUCCAGACGAUAAUAAUGAAGCUGUAAAGACUAUGUUUAAAGACCCCCAGAGUCUAUGCGAAUCGAUGCAUCACCUAGUAAGCAUUGAAUUAGUUUUAUUUAAAAACGAAAUUAUGAUCGAAUUCAGAAACUUGGUUAAAGUCACGAAACGGCCCUGGUGUCGUAUUAAUAAGGAAACGGGCCAAUCUUUUGUCGACCAAUUAAGGAACAAUUUGAAGAAGCAAAGGCAUGUUCCAAUAAAAACCGUGAUGGAGCAGGAGGGUGUACAAAUCGAACAGCCAUCGCUUGUAAAUAGCCUAAUAUCACACUUGAAUACGAACGGAGAGCGUACAACCCUUUCAGAGGCACAGGAUUUUUUGAACAGGUGUAUAACGUUCGAUGGUAAGGUGGUAAUGGAGUGCGAAAAAGUAUCAAUAAGAACAAGCGAUCCCAUUUUGAUCAGCGUUAGUUCUAAAUUAAAUGGGCUAGCUAAUAGACUAAGCACACAUUAUACCAAUCUAAAGAUUGUAUAA